AGACCGCGGAGCCAGGCGGCGGCGCCUGCGCGGUGGCGAGCUCGCGCCGCUCCCCGGCCGUCCUUGCGAGCCGGGCGGCGGGAGGCGGGAUGGGGCGCGAGGCGGGGCCCUGCGCGUGAGGCCGAGGCGGAGCCGCAGCCGCCGCGCCGGCGAGCGGGACCCCAACGGUGUGAUGGACAGGUAGCAGAAGAUUUCACUUUGAUAUCAGGGAAUCAGAAUGACCGAGUGCUUCCUGCCUCCCACUAGCAGCCCCAGUGAACACCGUCGGGUAGAACACAGUGGGGGUCUUGCUCGUACUCCCAGCUCUGAAGAAAUCAGUCCUACAAAAUUCCCUGGAUUGUACCGCACCGGUGAGCCUUCACCGCCUCAUGACAGCUUGCAUGAGCCUCCAGAUAUAGUAUCUGAUGAUGAAAAGGAGCAUGGGAAGAAGAAAGGAAAAUUUAAGAAGAAAGAAAAAAGAACGGAAGGUUAUGCUGCAUUUCAAGAGGACAGUUCUGGUGAUGAAGCUGAAAGUCCUUCAAAGUUGAAGCGGUCCAAGGGAAUACAUGUCUUCAAGAAACCCAGCUUUUCCAAGAAAAAGGAAAAGGAUUUUAAAAUAAAAGAGAAGCCCAAAGAUGAAAAACACAAGGAAGACAAACAUAAGGAAGACAAACAUAAGGAGAAGAAGUCAAAAGACUUAACUGCAGCAGAUGUUGUAAAACAGUGGAAAGAGAAGAAGAAAAAGAAAAAGCCAAUUCAGGAGACAGAGAUACCUCAAGUGGAUGUUCCAAGUCAUAGACCCGUGUUUGGCAUUCCUUUGUCUGAUGCGGUAGACAGGACCAUGAUGUAUGAUGGCAUCCGCCUGCCAGCAGUUUUCCGUGAAUGUAUAGAUUACGUAGAGAAGUAUGGCAUGAAAUGUGAAGGCAUCUACAGAGUUUCAGGAAUAAAAUCAAAAGUUGAUGAGCUAAAAGCAGCCUAUGAUCGAGAAGAAUCUCCCAACCUGGAAGAAUACGAGCCCAAUACAGUAGCCAGCUUGCUGAAACAGUACCUACGAGAACUGCCUGAAAACUUGCUUACCAAAGAGCUAAUGCCCCGCUUUGAAGAUGCUUGUGGAAAGAGCACAGAAGCUGAGAAAGUUCAGGAAUGCCAGAGGUUGCUGAAAGAGUUGCCAGAGUGUAACCAUCUCCUAAUUUCUUGGCUGAUUGUGCAUAUGGACCAUGUUAUUGCAAAGGAACUGGAAACAAAAAUGAACAUCCAGAAUAUUUCUAUAGUGCUCAGCCCUACUGUUCAGAUCAGCAACCGUGUCUUGUAUGUAUUUUUUACACAUGUUCAAGAUUUCUUUGGGAACGUGACCCUAAAGCAGGUGACAAAACCGCUUCGCUGGUCAAAUAUGGCAACAAUGCCAGCACUUCCAGAAACGCAGGAAAGCAUCAAAGAAGAAAUAAGACGACAGGAGUUCCUACUGAACUGUUUACACAGAGACUUGCAGGCAGGGAUAAAAGACUUAUCCAAAGAAGAGAGACUCUGGGAGGUGCAAAGAAUUUUAACAGCUCUUAAGAGGAAACUAAGAGAAGCUAAGCGCCAGGAGUGUGAAACAAAGAUUGCACAAGAAAUUGCUAGCCUUUCAAAGGAGGACGUCUCCAAAGAAGAAAUGAAUGAGAACGAAGAAGUUAUAAAUAUUCUGCUUGCACAGGAGAAUGAGAUUUUAACAGAACAAGAAGAACUGCUGGCCAUGGAGCAGUUUCUGCGGAGACAGAUUGCCUCAGAGAAGGAAGAAAUAGAUCGCCUUCGAGCAGAAAUAGCUGAAAUACAAAGUCGCCAGCAGCAUGGCCGAAGUGAAACCGAGGAAUAUUCUUCCGAGAGUGAAAGUGAGAGUGAAGAUGAAGAGGAAUUGCAGGUCAUCCUGGAAGAUUUGCAGAGACAGAAUGAGGAACUGGAGAUAAAGAACAAUCACCUGAACCAAGCUAUUCACGAGGAGCGAGAGGCCAUCAUAGAACUGCGAGUACAGCUUCGACUACUGCAGCGAGCUAAAUCGGAGCACCAGGUGCAGGAAGAAGAGGAGCCAGAAAAACAUGGGGGUGUUUCUCAGCAGCAAAGAGACGGUGUCCUAGACACAAAAGCAGCCAAAGAGCAGCCAAAAGCAAGCAAGGAGCAGCAAGUCAAGCCAUCGCCAAGUAAAGACAGGAAAGAAACUCCAAUUUGAUCCGGCUCCUUGGAUAUGCAUAAAAUCAACUGAACUGUGCAAAUUACUGUAAUUUGAGUCAAACUGCACAAAUUACUGCUGGCUGUGUACAUUCUGUAAAGAAACUUCUCUUUUAAGCCCUGGAGACUUUUGUCUCUAAUACUUGGUGGCUUCUACUCAUCAGACUCAGGUGAGUUUGCAGAAGCCAGAAGAGUUUUCCAAUUAGUAUCAGAUUAUUUCAAGACUGGUUUCCUUCAGGUGAAUUAAAAUAAUUCAGUAACAGUUUCAUUUUAAACCAAAAUCAUUAUUUACAUUCAUUGGAGCAGAAGUGGAAGAUCUCAUUUUCAGUAAAUAAACAAGAACCUACCCACACUUACUAAUUAUUUGCCUUGUGAAUCUAUUCAUCCUCAUUAUUUCUGCUUAUUAACCUAGUCACUUCUUGCUUGUGCCUUUGAUACCUUUCUGAUGCAGAUUAUAUACAAGGGAGCUUUAAAUUUAUUCUGGGUUGGCUGAAAAGGUGGGAGACUGCGGGGUAUUGUGUUUACCUAAUAUGCCCUUAAGCUUCAUUUUUGUUCUGAGAUGUACUGCAUAAAUGUAAAAACUUGAGAGAUGUUA